AUGACCAAGGACACCAGCGAGCUGCUUCCAACGGCCGAAUACUCGGGCCCAGUGUCCAAGAGGUUUGAAGUUGACCCAACGAAACCGCAUUCGACGUCCGGACGCACCAAUGGGCCUUCUGACUACGUUCUUGCUGCUGGUGCUGUGGACAGAGAUGCUCCCACGGAGGCCACAGACACACGAAUCGGACGACUCCGAGCUUAUGUUACUACCUUACAGGACGAAGUGAAUGAGUUUCUGACUGAACGAAUGACAAGGAAGGGUGAAGAAGAGGAGCAAGACCUUGUGAAUCCGGAGGAGGAAGAGGACGAGGACCAGAGUGGUUUCUGA